AUGAUCUGGGUGCGUUAUCUCGCUCGCAAUCCUCGGCCAAUUCUCCGCCAAUAUCGGGCAUUCACCACGGGGGGCUCCAGGAUAGUCAACGUUCAACCCGUAAAGAUCAAAAGGCCAUGGUUUAGGCGGUUUGCUACUAGUGUCCUGGUCUACGGCGCUGCAUUCAACCUCUGGAGUUCGCUCUUGUAUUCACACCUAGACGGAAAUACACUGGCCGAUUCUGAGGGCAAUUCAGGAGGAUUGGGCGAAGGUAUUGUCGAUGGCGGGAAAGAGGCUGUUGACGAAGAUGAAGAAGAAGAUGUCACAUUUAUACCGCUGAGCUGGCCUCGUCUUCGGCCUGGGGAGCUUUACACUGGAAACGACCCGGAAUGGAAUUGUUUCAGGGAUUAUGCACACGACCGCAAACGCCUUGAGUCUUUAAAACGUGAGCUAGAAGGUGUUGUGCUUACACGAGUAUCAUGCCAUCCGAAAUUCAAAGAUCUUCUUGGAGAUAAUAUGCGAAUCAUGAGAAGCUGGCUAUUUGUUCAAUUCCCAUAUCGUGCGCCUCCCCAUUAUGAAACAGUUGGUUUCGAAAUCUCCGAUAACGAGAUUGUCUUGAAAUCGAAACCCAUUCCGGACGAACAAGGUCGCCUAAUCCUGGCAGCGUUGUUUCCUUUUACGGUAACAUCGGCGAUGGGACAUGCUGCUUCGGCCUUCUUUCAUCGAAAGUUGCAACGAGUGAAGAAGAGCUUUGGAAUAGAUGAAGACCCUACGAACGACGUUAUCAUGAGCAUAAAGGACAUGGAUGUUCCGUCAGAUUUGCAACCAUCGAAUAAUAUCAGCUUAUCGAGUUAUUCCGAAUGGGAAAAGUCCAUUGCGAAUAUCAUUCAGGAGACCAGCCCCUCGACGGCAAACACAAAUACUAACACGACUCACACCCAGCCUUCUCGUCUACCUAAAAUACUUUCCGUGAUGCAGAUGCUUCCUUCUCAAUAUCAAGAUUCUGACCUUUAUGUUGCUUAUCUUACCUUCAAGCUACAUAUGAUGAAACAUGAGAUGCAGCAGCGCAAUCCGAUAUCCCCGCGGGGUGUUUUCUAUUUUAACGGUCCUAUCGGCUUAGUAGGCUCCAAAGGGUUAUGCAGACUUGAGGUCCGCGGCGAAUAUAAUCCGGACAAGGCGGAAUGGUCUUCUAUAACGAUGAAAUUGAAGGAUUUCAAUUUCAUUCGUCAGGAACCACUGGGAUACCAGCGUCCAUCGUGA